GAUUGAAAAAUAAAGAUAAAUCGCCAAUUUUCAAUAAUCAAUUCAAUAAUUUCCCCCCUUCGGCGGAGGAGCCGAUAUCUCGCUGUUCUCCAUCACUUCGUGCAGAAAGCUAGAGAGCUGAACAGUUCCAAAAGAACAAUCGGAAGAAGAAGAUAUCAAGGCUAAUCUAUUUGGGAUUUGGAGCUGUUCUACUCUAUCAAUCAUGAGUUUGCUCACUAUGAACUGUUGGUGGAGCACGAACACAGAACCGUCAAUCUUCAGCAGGAAAUUCAUUAGCCUCUGUGAUGUGCCGAACAUUUUAGCCACCAAAUUAUGCAAUAAACUUGGAACCAAUACAAGGGCUUUUUCAAGUCGGAAUUCAGUGAAGAAAUUGAGAAGAGACGGGCAACAUAAAAAUGAGACAUUCCCAACCACAAGGAGACCAUCGGACAAAUACAAUGGACAGGCAGAGGGGUUCUCCUCUGAAGAUGAUAAUGUUAGAGAUAAUGACAGAGUGUCAUUUUCUGAAAGUUCGGCUGCACAGAGUUCUAAUACUGUAUCUUCUUCGAGGAGUACUGUGCUCAAAGCAUGCACCAAUACAUCUGGGUUUAUUGCUGCUUUGGGAGUAACAAUUCGACAGGUAUGUCAUUUUGCAUCAAAAGAAGGAUGGCCAAUCCUAGACUGUUCUACAGAAAUAUCAUUUGAGUUUGAGAUGUGGCACCUUCAGUUGAUUGCAGGGUUAGUUCUCAUGGUGUCAUCCUGUCGAUACCUACUGUUGAAGACAUGGCCUGAUUUUGCUGAGUCUAGCGAAGCAGCGAAUCGACAGGUUCUUUCUUCACUUGAGCCAUUGGAUUAUAUACUUGUAGCAGUUCUGCCAGGGGUUAGUGAGGAACUCCUUUUCCGUGGUGCAUUGCUACCACUUUUUGGGGCCAAUUGGAUCAGCGUCUUGGGGGUUGCUGCCAUUUUUGGCUCUCUGCACUUGGGCGGUGGUCGAAAGUUUUCCUUCACUAUCUGGGCAACAUUUGUUGGGUUUGCAUAUGGUUAUGCGACAAUUAUAUCGUCAAGUGUCAUUGUGCCAAUGGCUUCGCAUGCAGUGAACAAUCUCAUGGGAGGACUUUUAUGGCGAUACACAUCAAAUUCAUCAAAAUAAAAAGUCCAGAUCAUCUUUGUAAGGUUUUCUCAUUUUAUGCCUUUUGUUCAAUUUUUACAAUUGCUUCGCGUUUGUUAAAACUAGCGAAUGGCCUAUUUAUAAAUGAUACAUGUAAGGAGUCCUGUAUCACAACAUUGAGUUUGAACUACACAAUUAACCUAUUCCCACCUCAAA